AAGCCAUGUCAAGUCGGUAACAUGGCGUCGAAGUGAACCAAGUUUUUGAGAGAUUGGUAAAACCUCGCUGUGUUUAUGCUGAUGACAUUGUGGUAGUCUACGUAGAUCUCAAUCUGAAGGCUUAUAAUGUGAAUAUAUGUCAUAAAGCCGUUGCCAACGCAAAAUGAACCUUGAGUUAUUAGAAUCUUUUGGCCAGAACUACCCCGAGGAAUUCGAUGGAGCGCUCGACUGCAUCAGCUUGGCAGUCACGUGUGCUUUCAACAAGCGAGGGACUCUCUUGGCUGUUGGUUGCAAUGAUGGCCGCCUUGUUAUCUGGGACUUCCUAACCCGUGGUAUUGCCAAAAUCGUCAGUGCACACGUGCAUCCAGUCUGCUCGUUAUGCUUCAGUCGAAAUGGCCACAAACUUCUCAGUGCAUCGACAGACAACAGUGUGUGCAUAUGGGAUGUGUUGAGUGGCGAAUGUGACCAAAAGUAUAGGUUCCCAUCUCCGAUAUUAAAGGUUCAAUUUCAUCCAAGAAAUGAUAAAGCAUUUCUUGUUUGCCCAAUUAAGCACGCAGCUGUGCUGGUCAACAUGGAUGGAGCACAUUCCACUAUUCCCCUCGACGAUGAGUCAGAUUUGAACAUUGUCGCUUCAUUUGAUAGAAGAGGAGGCCAUAUCUACACAGGGAAUGCAAAGGGAAAGAUACUUGUGGUGUCAGUCCCGGAUCUAGAUGUGAAGGCAUCAUUUCGAGUCACCACUGGAACAUCCAACACUACGGCAAUCAAAUCAAUUGAAUUUGCCAGACGGGGCGACUGCUUUUUGGUUAACACUGCUGACCGGAUAAUCCGAGUCUACAGUGCAAGUGAAGUCAUGUCUUUUGGCCGAGAUGGGGAGCCAGAUCCACUGCAGAAGUUGCAAGACUUGGUGAACAAAACAAUGUGGAAGAAGUGCUGCUUUUCUGGAGACGGGGAAUACAUUUGUGCUGGUUCUGCCAGGCAGCAUGCACUGUACAUCUGGGAGAAAAGCAUAGGCAACUUGGUCAAGAUCCUGCACGGUACUAAAGGUGAACUGCUUCUAGACGUUGUGUGGCACCCUGUGCGUCCCAUCAUCGCAUCCAUAUCCAGUGGAGUGGUGUCUAUUUGGGCCCAGCCACAAGUGGAGAAUUGGAGUGCAUUUGCUCCUGACUUCAAGGAACUGGACGAGAAUGUGGAGUACGAAGAACGUGAAAGUGAAUUUGAUCUGGAAGAUGAAGAUGCAAGCCCUCCGCAGCACACGGAGAAAGAAGAGGAGGAUGGAGAAGUGGACGUCGAGACAGUCGAACCCAUAGUUGCAUUUUGCAGCAGUGAUGAAGAAGGCGAAGAUCCACGCGCGCUGCUGUACCUGCCUAUAUCACCCGAAAUUGAUGAGCCUGAGGAAGGCUGGGGCCAGCCUCCGGAACCUACCACUGAAGAGGUCGGGACAAAACGACCCAGUUCCCAAGGAGACUCACCCAAGAAGAAGAAACCCAAGACCUACGACAUAGAGCUGAAAGACGCUCCUGUUGGGGAGAUGCACCCGCUGCUGAGCACCAAGGUGAAGGACAAGAGCCAGCAGCCGCGCAAGCCGCGCCAGAAGCCGAGCAAAGCCAGCGCGCAGGGCGGCGGCUACGGCCAGGAGGCCAAGUCGCCCAGGUCAUCCAAGCUGUCCAAACUCAAAGACAUCGACGGAGGCAGCUUCGAAGGCUCCAACUCUCCAGCGUGAUCAUCGGACAUCUCCCCGCGGCCGUGUUUCAUCAUCAUCAUGACAUACCGAACACACCGGCUGCUUGUUACGUGUUUCGCGAAAUUUUACUGGACAUGUUUUUUAGCUUGCGUAUUGUAUUCGUUUUUUUUAAUUACGAAUUCGAUGUCAUAAUAAAAACGUUGCUUUUAACCGA